AUGUAUGAUGAUUUCGAUGAUGCCGGAAUUGGAGUGGAGUUUGAUCAAUGCGCUUAUGAGAAAACAUUUUACUCGCAAUGUCGAAAUGAAAGAGGGGAUAGUGAGGAUUCUGAUCGGCCCGAUUCGGCAUGUGUUCUUGAAUCUGCGCGCGAUCCAGUGCCGCCGGUGAAACAGAAUUUCAACGGAUGUCGCAGGAAGAAUCACCUGAGAACAUUUCAUCCAAUUAUUGUGAAAAGGGCGCAUCUAUUUAGAAAUAAAAUGAAUGAAAUUCACAGAAGAAAUGACGGUUAUUUGUUGACACCGCAACGAUUAGCUAUGCAUUUACUAGAUUUUAUUGAUAUUUCACCGGGGGUGAAGCUUCAGCGUCGUGUGUGCUCGGAUCGAGUAGAAUAUCCGCUGUUUUCGGUGUCAGAUUCGGGUCUUGAAGUUCAUUCCGAUUAUUUCUUUCCAUUAGAAAGCCCUUAUGCAAUAAUUCAAAAAUCCUACCUGAGAAUUCUUGGAGAGAAACUAGCGAGGCCGCGGAGGAAGCUGACGGAAAUUUGCAAUUUUGUUGAGCGAAUAUCCGAGCGAAGCCAACUCAUAACGCCUCUACCAAUUUUGAUUAUUCGCGAUUGGGUUGUUGAAUUUUUGAACGACUUCGGUUGGCAAAUCGAAAAAAUCCGCUCGAAACGACCAUUGGAUCCGUUGAAAGUUUUGGCGCAAACCGAACGUCUUUGUCGAGACAUUGACGUGGUUCGACGAUUAAUUGGUGACGACGCUUCGAAACAAACUUGGCUUUGGGAAGAUAUCGAGCAUUGCUGGAAUCGAAUUUUCCUUCUAACUGAAAUGGAAGCGCUUCAAACUAAUAAUGAAUGUGUGCGUAAACUUCAAAAUCGAUGGAUAAGUGCACUUUUGCGUGUUAUGGAUCAUAUCUAUGAAAAUGGUAGAGUUCCCAUCAACAUUGGACCAUUUGUACUGCACAAGUAA